UAUAAUGGUCCUAUAAAAAAUUAAAUUGCGUAACACGAAUCUGUAAUAGUGUUGUUCAAAGAAAGUAAGUGAGUUGCGAAAGUUGAGUAAUGACUAACUGGCAGAAACUUUCAUUAACUGCACUAGUAGCAAUAUAUGGUUAUCUACCGAGGAAGGAUAGAUUAGCCUGUGCGAUGGUGUGUUCCCAAUGGAAAAGGGCGAUGGAUCAGGUCGAAUUAUGGGAUUAUAUGGUCGUCAAUAUUGAUGAUGAUUUAAUGGAUCCAAGCACGAUGAUUUGUACCCGAUAUUUUUCCAAAUACAUAAAAUCUUUGGAAAUUGGUUGGGCUCACCCAGAACGAAUGGGAUCAUGGUUGCCUUUGAAACAUAGGGCUCUCACGAAACGAACAGUAAGAUGGUUAAGUGUCCUAAUUGAGAGCAACGUUCAACUGAACUACAUCAAAAUAUUUGAUUGGUAUGAUGUAUUUAAAUGCAAAAAAAUCAUAUACCACUUAAAUCGUUUUUUGGUCAGCCAGGACAAUUUGAGCAAUAUUACGUUUAAUAAUUUGAACAUGUAUAGAGAUGACUGUAUAAAACUUUUCAUAUCUAGUCUUUCGAAAGGCUCAAAUGAAACCAUAAACUAUAUAUCCCUUCACAAUACCAGCUGCUAUCAGUUAGCUUACGAUUCUCAGCAAUUUCAAAGUUUAGUGCAAGGGCUGUCCAAUUUAAAAGUGAUAGAGUUGGAUUAUUUCAUCCUUUCCAGAAGCGUUAUCAGAGCUUUAAUAGGACGCCACAAUAAAAAUUUAAGGUAUUUACAUGUUGGAAUUCGGGAUGCCUCUGGUAGUCCAAUAUUAGAAGAAGAUUGGAGAAAAUUAAGCCAUUCAUGUCCUCAACUAACCGUUGGCUUCACCAUAACGAAUGUGGUUCAUUAUGAUGCGGUGUGUAAUUUUUUAAAGCCAAAUAUACCACUUUCGUCAUUUUCAAUGUAUACUGGUAUGGGUGAUCAAUCUAAAAGACACUUUCGUAGAUCUAUACAUUUGUUGGUGAAGCAUUAUCACGAAACUUUGGAGAACAUAAACCUUCAAUUAAGAAACCACAGUGAAAUACUUGACGAUGAUAUUUUAAAUUUGGUAAAGAGUUGUCCAAAAUUAACAGGCGUGAACUUCGGUGGGGUGAUUACGAAUAUGAAUACUGUACGUGAUAUAUGUCAAUUAAAAGAAAACAAAAAUACCAAGUAUGUUCACGUGAAGUUAAAAAAACGUGAUGACGAUGAAAGGACUCAAGUUACGGAUGAAUAUUUUAAAAAGGGAAUCGACUUCAAAAUUGUAAAUCAUGAGAUAGGAAAUGUAGUCUAUAUUUAUCAUUAAACCAAUUAAAUUGAGAA